GCAUAAACCACUAUUAACUACAGUGAGGCAGUGAAACUAUCAACGGAGAAAAGUGAAAAGGAAAACGGAAAUCAAGAGUAACUACAUGCUACACAGGCAAUAUAUUGGUUAAGAAGAGACUUUCAAAAAGCCAUUGGUAAAAACAAAGGAAUUCAAUUAGAUCAAAAAUAGCAGAGAGAUAUCAACCACUAAUGAAAAUCUACUGAUUCGAUGUAACAAUCCACAAAUACAUUGAAGGCAACUCUAUGAGGCAGAUGGUACAUUUCAGUAUAAGUAUAAGGUAAACGGAAGUUAGACUGCGACAGAUUGCUAAUGACACAUAGAUCUUGAAAGAAUAUGUGUAAACUACAGUGACAUUAGCACAUGGAAAACAUGUGACAUUAACAUAAGUGAUGUUGACUACAACCAUAAUAGAAACACAAUAGCUGCCACUUGUCACAUCUAAUAAGAAUAAGUAUGUGGAGAAAGGAAGUUUGAAUGAAAAGCACAUGGUGUACAUGUGUUUUCCUGCGUUAUUACAAUUGUGUAUAAAUAAUAGUAUAAAUAUUACUUCUCAAUGAAACUGAAGGGCAUUCUGAUAUAUGAAGUGACUCUAACUACACAGAAACAGAAAAUUAAUUAAAACCAAUGGAUGUAUGAAAGUGUCAUACGAGAGACAUGGACAAUUAAAUGAACACAAAUUUGAACCGAACAACAAUUCAAAAUGAGUAGGGGCGAGGAGGAAUUUGAACUUGAAUUUAAUAACAAUUUAACACAAUUCCACAAUUUUCACAAAAGUGCCAUUUAUAAGGCAAUUAAGUCGCACAAUCACACUGCUGUGUUGGAGGCCAUUAAAACAGGUGAAGAUGUCAAUAAAAAAGAUGAAGAAUUCAACCAAGGUUUCAUUCAUCUGAUAACAUUUGAGGCUGACCAAACCAAUGAACAUGACUUUGUGCCAAUGGUUUACCAAUUGGCUGAUGCUGGGAUAGAUCUAAGCUUAAAAGACUAUAAAGGACAGACAGCACUGCGAUUCUCAAUUGAGAAGCUGCUAUUGGAACUUAUGAUUGCAUUGUUGCGAUGUGGCGCAAGUCCUGUCGAUGAUAACUAUAAGGCAAUAAUUGAAGAUUCAACUGGACCAUUUCAAAUUGAAAUAUUACAUUGGUUCAUGAAGUUUCAUCCAGGACUUUGGGAAUCUGUGAGUAGAAAUAAUGGCACACUAGUCGCAAGCCUUAUCCAAUCAUGGUGCAAGAUUGAGACGUCACAAAACGAUGAGACUUUGAUCAAUUUGGCAAAAAGAAAAUCGAUAAAAGCCAGCAAAUUUGACAUUGUAACUAUCAGUGCUAAAGUUGUGAAAACAUUAGAAAAGAACGUUCACAGCAAUUGUUUCAUUCAUGCUACAUUAGCAGGGGAUGUUGACAAAAUGUAUGCACUCUUAAUGGACCAAUCACUUGACUUAGAUUCCAUUACAAAGGACAUAUCAUACCAAUCACAAUGGAAUAAACCAGUCAAGCCACAGUCACUGUAUGAAGCAGCUAGGGAUCUAGGUCACAGUCAGGACGUGCUUGACAUUUUACCAAAACCUGAACAGACAAUAAUGUGCGAUGAUGAAUACAACAAGAAUGAACAACUUGUUCAGAGUGAUGAACACAAUAAUGAAUGCAACAAUGAAUAUAACGACAUUAUUCCACGUAGACGUCUCAGUGAAGGAGAAUCCUCAAAUGCAGAAUCUAGAAUGUGUACCUUUCUGUAACAAUUUCCCAUAACGACAUUUUGUGAUAUUAAUAGAUGACUUGCUAUAUAAAUGAACGAAAUCGAUGUCAAUACAAUACAAUACAAUUACAUAAUAUAGAAUGACAAUGUAGUUAGAAAACUGACAAAAGUUACUUCAUUCCUUGAUUUAUCAAAAUACUUCCAGAUGGGUAUUAGAAUUAAGCAACUUAAAAUAUUAACAUUGUGUCAAUGGGAAUUUAGCCUGAUCUUAAAAAUUCAUUGAGAUUUAAAAGCUAUGUAACAAAUCUUAUAUUGUGGAUGAUUUUAUGUACCAAGACUUUGUAUCAAUACUAUGAAUGAGGUUGGUAGCCUGAAAUCAAAGGCUAGAAAACAAGACAUAAGUGCAAAUCAUCAAAUCACCCACAAUUCAUUGAAUCUUGUGCUUAAUUCUUUUCACACAUUGUUAAAGAUUUUGUAAAGUAUCACUAAAAGAAUGAAAUUCAACGAGAAACUUUUAAGCAAGGGUUUUGCAAGGUUUGGCCUAAUGACAUUUUGACCUGCUUACACCCACCUUGUAAUUUAUGAUGCUACUUAUACAUGAUCUUAUGAAAUUGAUGAGGGUAGUGUGUGAAUUUGAUUUAAUAGAUAAUGCCUUAAGCCUAGUAAUAGAACUAACUUUUAUAGAUGGUAUUAUGACAUUGUCAAGGAAGGAAGCCCUUCCAUAAAUUUAUAUGAAAUCUGUUAUGUAGUUUUUAAAUAAAAUAUAAAUUGAAAGAUAGGGAGUCAAAUCGACUUGGCUUUAGUGACAAAAAUAA